UCCCAUCCAGAGCUGAAAUAGGAGGCAGGGUCACUUGCAACCAGCUGGAGAUUCUCUUGAGACAGGGAGUUCCAAAGGACAACAAAGAGCCAUUGCAGGUGCCGAUGCCCGCAAGAAGGAUUUGGAUUAGACCCCAGGAGACACCAUGACGGGGCUCCUGCUCCUUCUGGAACUUGCUCUUUGUGUUCUCCAAGCCUUUGCUUCGUGGACCGUCACAUACCCCGAGCACCUGCGAGCCGUCCAAGGUUCGUGCGUGGUGAUCCCCUGCACCUUCAACUACCCCGUGGACACCCCAGAGAGCAUCAAGGCCAUCUGGUUCAAAAACUACAAUGAGGGGCAGCGCACAGUGGUGUACCAUUCGGCCACUCCAGAUGCCGCGGAUGGCCAGUUCCAGGGCCGUGCGGAGCUGCUGGGGGACCCGCUCCAGCAGCGCAACUGCACCCUCCUCCUGAGGAGGGUCAAGGCCAGCGACAGUGGCAAGUACAACUUCCGCUUUGAGAUGAGCGACAGGAACAACUGGGUGGACGUGCGAGGAGUAGAGCUGACAGUCACCGAUACCCUGGACAGUCCCACCAUUGUGUCCCCAGAAAACCUGCACGAGGCGGAGCUGGUGACUUUCAACUGCUCCAGCCCCUACGUCUGCCCCUAUGACAACUUCUCCCUGCGGUGGACCGGACACAACCCCGAGGCCUCCCGUAUCUCAGGGAUGGUCCAGCUGGACACCGGAGGAGCGCUGCAGAAGCAAACCCUCAGCACCUUGCUUUCCUGGCAGGACCACAACCGGAAGCUGAGCUGCGAGGUGGCCGUUGGCGCCCUGACCAAAGUGAGCGAAGUCACGCUGCAGGUGAAACAUUCCCCCAAAGGCGUCAAAGUGGCAAUCAGCCCCUCCUCAAAGAACAUCCGAGUGGGGGAUGCUGCGUCUCUCACAUGCAACGUUGGAAGCAGUUACCCAGAAGUCACUGCUUACAGGUGGUUCAAAGACGGGGUGGCCUGCGGAAAGGAGCAGGUCAAGACCAUCCAGAGCGUCAGUCGGGAAGACUACGGCCAGUACAACUGUGAGGCUGAAAAUGCCGUCGGGGCUGCAGUGGCUGAAGUGGCAACACUCUAUGUUUUCACUGCCCUGCUGUCAGUCAGCCCUUCUUCUGAUGUCCUAGAAGGUGAGGCGGUCACGCUGACUUGUGACGUUCCUGGCGAAGACAUGCAAGAGAUCCACUACAGCUGGUACAAGAACAACGUCUGGAUGAAAGAAGGCACAGCCCGGAGCCUGGUGUUUCACGAGGUGGCUGUUGGAGACACAGGAUAUUACUCGUGCAAAGUGCAGAAUGACAAGGGGAGUGAGAAGUCCCAAGCUGUUGGGCUGAACGUCUUCUAUCCACCGAGGCUACCCGCCCUAGCUUUGUUCCAAGAGACCCAGGAAGGAAAACUGGCCAUCAUUCACUGCACCGCCGACAGCAACCCCCAGUCUGCUCUGAGCCUUUUCCGGGGCAAGCGACUCAUUGCGACCACCAGUUCACAUUCGGCCCCCAGCCAGCGGAUCCGCAUUACCACCACCCGCAACUCCUUGAAGCUGGAGAUCCAGAAGGUAGUCCCAGAAGAUGAGGGUGAAUAUCUCUGUGUGGCAACCAACAAGUACGGGAAUGCCACCACUACGAGAUUCUUCGGUGCUCAAACUGCCAGAGUGGUGGCCAGCCCAUCUGAAGAUGUCCCUGAAGGGGAGAGAGUCGCCUUGGCAUGCAUGGCCACCUUGGAUCCAGAAGACGGGACAACUUAUACGUGGUACAAGAAUGCCAAGUGGCUACAGGAGGGAAGAGGAAGCUCUCUUGUCUUCCCAGCCAUCGUCAGCAGAGAUGCCGGGACUUUCUAUUGCGUGGCCCAGAAUAAGAAGGGCACCAACACCUCUCCAGCCAUCACUCUGCGUGUGCUGUACCCCCCAAAGCAACCUGUGGUGCAGUCCUUCCUCGAGACCCAAGAGGGACAUCUAGGUAUCAUCCAGUGUACGGUUGACAGUGAUCCGCCCUCUGAGAUAACUUUGUACAAGGGAGACACUCUCAUAGGCUCCACAAAUGCCUCUUACUCACCAGCUGACCCAAGGGUGAGCAUGAUCUCAUCGUACAACAUGCUCAAGGUGAGCAUCAAAGCUGUCACACUGGAAGACGAGGGACAGUUUGUGUGUUCUGCCCAAAACCGCUAUGGGGACUCCAGCACCUCUGUGGACUUCACAGCUGAAACUGCAAAAAUCGUCAUCACGCCAUCCCCAGAGGUGGCCGAAGGCAAGGAGGUCCGUCUGUCCUGUGCAGUGAGCAGCAAUUCCUCCAGCUCGGCCAACUACACCUGGUACCGGAAUGGAGUCCGCAUUUCUGAGGCCGUUGGGGACACCCUGAAGUUCUCCCAGGUGGCCAGGGGGGAUGCCGGGGUGUACCUCUGCCGGGUAGAGACCCAACGAGUCAGCAAAAGCUCCACCUCCGUCCCCUUAUCUGUGCUGUACCGCCCUGAGCCUCCUCAAAUGGCUGUCUUUGUGGAGACAGAGAAAGGGAGGACGGCUCUCUUCCAUUGUUCCGUGGACAGCAACCCUCCGGCUGAACUGAGUCUCUACAAAGGAGACCACCUCAUUGCCACAACCGGCGCUACCAGCACCGUCCCCCUGAGAGCCCGUAUCUCAACCUCACGCAAUACCAUGCGUGUGGAGAUGGGAGACAUUGUGCCAGAGGACGAGGGCAGCUAUCGUUGCGUCGCUACCAAUGUAUACGGCUCCUCCUUCACACGCCUGUACUUCCAUGUGCAAACGGCACGAGUUCUGGUCUCGCCAUCCCCGGAGUUGCUGGAAGGGGCGGCAGCCACCCUCACCUGCACCGUGAUUGGGAGUGCUCUGGAUGAGGCCGCCUUCUCCUGGUACAAGAACUCCAAGCGCAUUCCGAACAACAACUCCAGCACUCUCGCUUUCCUGUCAAUAAGCAGCAGGGAUGCCGGCUCUUACCACUGCAAGGCCCACUCGGCAGAAGAUACCAGCAUUAGCAUCUCCCCGCCUGUCAGCAUAACCGUCUUCUACCCUCCAUGAAACCCUCAGCUGACUUCCUUCCUGCAGACACAGGGUGGGUCAGUAGCAGUCCUCCAGUGUGCUGUCGACAGUCAGCCCGAAUCCCACGUGGUGAUAUACAAGGGGGAAGAGCUCCUGGCCUCCAGCACUGGUUCCCAUGCAACUCACAACCACCGGCUCAGAGUUUCUGCUUCAUACAACAGCUUGAAGGUAGAGAUCCAGGAUGUGGUGAUGGAAGACGAAGGGGGCUACGUGUGCCUGGCCAGCAACCUCUAUGGUAACAGCAGCAGCUCCGUCAGGUUCACUGCCGAAACCGCACGGAUCUGGGUUUCUCCUCCGGAUGUUCUUGAAGGGGACUCGGCAAACCUGACCUGCGCCGUUGACAGUGGUACAGCUGAAGAGCCACACUACACCUGGUAUAAGAACCACAGGUGGUACACAGAGGGCCCUUCCAGGACACUGUCCCUUCCCAAGGUCACUGUGGCUGAUGGAGGAACCUAUUACUGUGCUGUGAAGACUUCCGAGAGGGUGCGAAACUCCUCCCUGGGCACCCUAAAUGUCCUCUACCCACCCAGGAAUGCCCAAGUGACAUCCUUCUUGGAGGCACGGAACAGGCAGCUGGCCAUCCUGGUGUGCUCCGUUGACAGCAACCCCCCGUCAGAACUGUCGCUCCGUCGAGGCAACGAGGUCCUCGCAGCCACCAGCUCUAUCCGAGGCAGUGGAGUGCCAGGCCCUCGGCUGAGCAUCGCCUCCACUCCCAACUCCUUGAGACUGGAGAUUAAAGAGGUCCGCUUGGAUGACGAAGGGUUGUAUGAAUGCCUGGCGAGCAACAGCAUUGGCAAGGCAAGAGCCUCCCUGGAACUCACGGUGGAGACUACAAAGGUGGUGAUCAGCCCAUCUCCAGAUGUGCAGGAAGGGGAUCCCGUCUCUCUCACCUGCGAAGACAUCAGCUCCACGUCCAAUGCUCUUUACACCUGGUACAAGAACACCCAGUGGCUGGCCGAGGGCUCUGCCGCCUCUCUCGUCUUCCAGGCUGUAACCCCAGGAGACACGGGUGCCUACUCCUGCCAAGUGCACAACGCGAAGGGCAUCCGGACAUCGCCCCCUGCUUCCAUGCGCGUCCUCUAUGCUCCCAAGAAACCCACGCUGGUUUCCUUCUUGGAGACACAGUCAGGCAACCAAGCUAUUAUCCAAUGCACAGUCGAGAGCCAUCCGUUGUCUGACAUAGCCCUGUACAAAGGACACGAGAUUGUGGCUGCAGGCAGGAGUUCUGGAGGAUUGCCCACCCCACGGCUCAACAUCCGCUGGGCUCACAACUCCUUGAAGGUGGAAAUCAACGAGGUCCGCAUGGAAGAUGAAGGGCAAUAUCUCUGCUCAGCUAACAACACUUAUGGAGCCUCCACGGCCUCCAUAUACUUCAGUGUGGAGAGUGCAAGAAUCACUAUUGACCCUUCACCGAACCUCCAAGAAGGGUCUGCGGCCAACUUGACCUGUGUGGUUGCCAGCCAGGCUGUCAGAGAAAUGAACUACACCUGGUAUAAGAAUAGCCAAUGGCUCCAGGAUGGGCCCAGCCAGUCCCUGCUGCUGGAGGCUGUAGCCAGAGAUGACGCAGGAUCGUACCAUUGUCGGGCAGAAGGGGAGAUGGGAAGCGUGACCUCUGGCCUGGUCCUCUUGAACGUGCUUUAUGCACCUCGGAAUCCCUCCCUCAGUGCCUUCCUGGACAAUCAGAGAGGGAAAGUCGGAAUCCUUCGUUGCCAAGUCGACAGCCGCCCCUCGUCCGAACUGGCCCUCUACAAAGGACGCAGCCUUGUGGCUCGCACCCAGGGUUCCCGCUCGGCGUCUGCUCGGCGUUUCAGCACGUUCCAGUCCUACAACAGCCUCAGGGUGGAGAUCCGAGACGUGGUGGCUGAGGAUUCGGGGCGUUACGUCUGUCUAGCCAGCAACCCACUUGGCAAUGCAACUGGCGCCUUGGAGUUCAGCGCAGAGACCCUCUCAGACCUCCACUCCUUCAAAAUCCUGGCCGGGGUCUUCAUCGGCAUGGUUUGCGCAGCCGCGCUUUGCGCCUUGGCGUUUGGAGUGCAAAAGAACUGGAGCAGGAUAAAUGAACAGCGGAAAAAGUGGAAGCCAUGGGCAACCCAGAAGGCGGAACUGGUGGAGAUGGAAACGAAAGAAGCGGAAGCCCAUGUGCUGAACGAGCAAGAUCCGGGAAUUCCUCUUUGCGGGUGAUUCUGCUUCAGCUACACAAGACCACGAGCGAAGAGUGCGACUCUCCCCCAAGGAAACCCUCUCUAGACAGAGCAGCACCAGCUUCCAGAGAUGCACAGAAGUAAAUCUCCGGGGGUAGCCCCAGGGGCAGCACAGAACCCCACCAGUCGUUCCUAUGCGUGGUGUGCAAGACUCACAGUUGAGGGCCCUGUCUGUUUCCAGGACAGUCAUCACCUCCUGUCACAUCAACAACAUCUCUGACGUCGCCCUCAUCACCGUUAUAAUUUCCCACAUGUCAAUCUGGUACCAUCUGCCCCCAAACUGCAGCUAUUACAUGUCCCACCAACACCCGGAUCACAGACAUUACAGUCACACCAUCUGUGGCAACGUUACGCAGUCAACAACAACACCCCAAGGAUCCAUUCUUUGAAAAAUAGUAAAGACAAGAGUCCAGUAGCCCCUUUAAGACUAACCAACUUUAUUGUAGCAUAAGCUUUCGGAACCGCAGCUCUCUUCAUCAGAUGCAACUUUAUUGUAGCAUAAGCUUUCAAGAACCACAGCUCUCUUUGUCAGAUGCAACUUUAUUGUGGCAUAAGCUUUCGAGACCCACAGCUCUCUUCGUCAGAUGCAACUUUACUGUGGCAUAAGCUUUCAAGAACCACAGCUCUCUUAAUCAGAUGCAUCUGACGAAGAGAGCUGUGGUUCUCGAAAGCUUAGGCUACAAUAAAGUUGGUGAGUCUUAAAGGUGCUACUGGACUCUCUACUAUUUUGCAACUACAUACUAACACGGCUAACUCCUCUGGAUCUAUUCUAUGAACAUCAUCUCUGAAAGAGAACUUCAUCACCAGGGCCUUGGUCUCCACCAACGCCGUCCCCUGCAACGUGUCAAUGCCAUCACCAUCUCUGCCAAGGCCAACUGGCGCCAUCUUAAGCCACAAUGUUUCCACGCCGUGCUCUCACAGCCUUUCUGUCACUCUUGUUACAAUAAUCAAUCUUCACGAUAGCCCUCCCCCAUACAUUGGGGCAGGGGGGGUAGCCCUGCUAGGACUGUCAUAGCAAAAUAAAAGUCCAGCGGCACCUUAAGGACUAGCAGCACUUAUUUCAAUAUGAGUUUUUGUGAGCCACUGCUCACUUCUUCAGAU